AUGGGCUACUGGGGAUCUAUUCUGCCACAGAAUCCCUACAGAAUCCCAACAGAGAAGAACGGGGCCUCUUACAACAAGCAUGGCCUGCUGGGAACUGCAACAGAGAAGAACAGAGCCUCUUACAACAAGCAUGGCCUGCUGGGAACUGCAACAGAGAAGAACAGGGCUUCUUACAACAAGCAAGACUUGCUGGGAACUGCAACAGAGAAGAACAGGGCCUCUUACAACAAGCAUGGCCUGCUGGGAACUGCAACAGAGAAGAACAGGGCCUCUUACAACAAGCGUGGCCUGCUGGGAACUGCAACAGAGAAGAACAGAGCCUCUUACAACAAGCAAGACUUGCUGGGAACUGCAACAGAGAAGAACAGGGCCUCUUACAACAAGCAUGGCCUGCUGGGAACUGCAACAGAGAAGAACGGGGCCUCUUACAACAAGCAUGGCCUGCUGGGAACUGCAACAGAGAAGAACAGAGCCUCUUACAACAAGCGUGGCCUGCUGGGAACUGCAACAGAGAAGAACAGAGCCUCUUACAACAAGCAAGACUUGCUGGGAACUGCAACAGAGAAGAACAGGGCCUCUUACAACAAGCAUGGCCUGCUGGGAACUGCAACAGAGAAGAACAGGGCCUCUUACAACAAGCAUGGCCUGCUGGGAACUGCAACAGAGAAGAACAGGGCCUCUUACAACAAGCGUGGCCUGCUGGGAACUGCAACAGAGAAGAACAGAGCCUCUUACAACAAGCAAGACUUGCUGGGAACUGCAACAGAGAAGAACAGGGCCUCUUACAACAAGCAUGGCCUGCUGGGAACUGCAACAGAGAAGAACAGGGCCUCUUACAACAAGCAAGGCUUGCUGGGAACUGCAACAGAGAAGAACAAGGCCUCUUACAACAAGCAUGGCCUGCUGGAAACUGCAACAGAGAAGAACAAGGCCUCUUACAACAAGUAUGGUCUGCUGGGAACUGCAACAGAGAAGAACAGGGCUUCUUACAACAAGCAUGGCUUGCUGAGAAUUCCCACCGAGACAUGU